GGGUUUCCCAUACUGCCUAUAUGCUUUGAGUGCGCGCCUCGCUGCUUUUUGUUCAGACUCUAGCACUAGCAGACACAUUGAACGACGUGACAGCUGUUCAACAGACUUUCCUUGCGACUUUACACAAAAGAGAGCUGCAGCCAUGGGGAAAGGAUGCAUUACAGCAACCAAGUACUUCCUGUUCUUGUUCAACCUCCUGUUCUUUCUUUUUGGAGCUGUAAUAAUGGGAUUUGGACUAUGGGUCUUGCUGGAUAACCAGAGUUUCAUCACGGUUUUGCAGGAGUCAUCUACCACACUGAAGGUUGGUUCCUACAUUUUGAUUGGUAUUGGCUCACUGUCAAUGCUUAUGGGAUUCCUGGGUUGCAUUGGUGCCAUUUAUGAGAUCCGCUGUCUGCUUGGACUGUACUUCACCUGCCUCCUUCUCAUCCUCAUCGCCCAGGUGACGGCUGCUGUUCUCAUCUACUUCCAACGAGAUCUGCUAAAGCAUGAGAUGGCCACUAUUGUGAACAAGAUUCUGGUGAACUACAACGGUCAUAAUAACACAUCAGAGCAUGCCUGGGAUUACCUUCAGAGAACGAUGGAGUGCUGUGGUUGGACUGGACCAUUUAACUGGACCGAGAAUAUCUUGAUAAAGAACAGUUCUAAGUCUCUGUAUCCAUGCUCCUGCAGAAAUGAAUCCAUCAGUGGUACAGAUUUAAUGGAAACUGGCCUGUGUGAGAGUUUGUCCUAUGACUGGCCUGUCUUCACUACGGGUUGUAUAUCCAGUGCGGAAGACUGGCUCCUAAGAAACUGUGGAGUUAUUCUUGGAGUCUGUGUUGGAAUAGCAGUGAUUGAGCUUUUAGGGAUGAUCCUGUCCAUCUGCCUCUGUAAGAGUGUUCAACAGGAGGAUUACACCAAAGUACCUAAAUACUGAGAGCAAACCCCCCUUCUACAGUGACUCAUGCUUAUGAGAAAACACCAGUGUUACAAUCACUCCACACCAGCAGAGCAACUGGAACAAACCAGAGAACAUUUCACCACAAUAUACUCGCAACCUGUUUAUGUUUGUGUAUGAGAUACAAACACACAUAUGAUGUACAAGUUAGAGCCUUUUAAAUAAAUAUGUCACAAUAUUCAGUUGAGAAGUUUUAUGGAUGGGAUUAUGAUUUUCCUUUUGAAGAAACUAAACACAUCUAGAUCUUUUACAAGAGUGCUCUGCAAGGUCUUUAUAUUUCACGUUUACUCUUGUAGAUAUGCUGUACGUUGACCGUUUUUUAAACUUCGAUGCUGUUUAUUAGUUCCGAGAGCACUUUAGUGAAUAGUUGGCAAAGAGAUCCGAACAACAUUUUUAGGGAGGGCAAAACACUUGUUUUCUCUUCAUCGUUUUUUCUGUUAUCUGUGAGGAGAAUUGUAUACUUUCAAUUUGGUUAUGUAUAUUUCACUAUCAAUGAAACUACUUCAAUGAGGUUUCUUCUUUCUGAAUAACUAUAUCCUAGUUAUCACAGCACUUAAUGGUGACUUCACCACCCUGUGUCUCAGACAGGUUCGAGUGGAUGUUAAUAGCAGGGGUGGGGUCACUCAGGGUGGGGUCAGGUGUGGUGAGGUUAAAGAUGGCUGCGGUUUAGAAAUGGAAGGGCAGAGCAGACGACUGCAGGAUGGUAUAGUGCUUCUUGUGGUUUACGUGUGUGUCGGUCUCUGUGGAUCAGGGUGUGUAUGUGAAGUUAGGUCGGGUCCUUUUGCUGUGUUAGUGUGGGUACAACAGAUGUUAAAGUAUGUCUUUAACAGGCAAUGGAUGUAAAGCCCACUGAUUAUAAAUCCAGAUCUGUUCACACAGAUGGGAAAUUUUUCUUUGUGUUACUGACCCAUUUCAGCUCAUCUACAUGAUGACGGGCAGACUGAGGUUUUUUUGUGUUUAUUGUUGCUUCUUUUUGCUAUUUUCAUAUCCAUGAUUUUAUUGUUUUAUGCAAAGCUUCAUGUAAACUUUAGCAUUUUAAAUUAAGUGAGUCUGGCUUUUGUUUCUAUCUGUGUUGUUCUCUGGUGUUUCUGAAGAAUAGUUUUGGCUGUUUUUGUGUUAUAUCAACAGUGUUGCAUUUUUUUCUGUAUGGUCAUUUACAAACACUAGAAGUCAUUUUACUCGUUUGGUUGAAAGGGUUAACCAUUGGUGUAGCACUGAAACCUCCUUAUAAUAACAUGUUUUGGGCAAAUGUACUGAACAAACCAUUUUAUUUGUAUUUUGCUGGUUAGGGAGAAGAAAAUAAACUGUCAGUUUAGACAAAAAAGUCAUUUUUGUUUGAUUUUUGUGAGAAGAAAAUUAAACUGUCAGUUUAGACAAAAAAAUCUAUUUUGUUUGUUUUUUAAGUCUUUUUUUUUAAGGUUUUAUUAUGUUUUGGACUUUCCUGGACUUUUUAUAUUCCGUUGUGUCAGGCUGCUUUUGACAGAAUUAAUAUCUUUAAAUGGUCUUUACUGUCUUUAGCUAAUAAAAAGCAAAUGUUUUCAUCAGGAAAACGUACAGACGUUGAGAUAAUUGUGUAUUUUUGGUAAAGUGUAGAUGAAGGGCUUUUUUCUAUUUACAAUAUUUUUCUAUUUCACAGAGAAGCUAUGUUUAUGUACUGAGUUUCAAGGGCUGUUUAAGUAGGCUAGUACAAAACAUGUCUAUGCAAUAGUUAUGACUUUGAUUAAAAGGAACUUCAACAUAA